AUGUCAGGAUCGAACAAAGUCGAACAGUUCUUCACAGGCCGUCCAGACUCCUACGUACCUGCGCGAACGAUGGGCAACCACAUGGGUGUCUCGCCAGAAUUUUACCAGCGCCACACGUUCCUGUUGAACCAUGCUCAUCAUUUCGGUAUGGGCAUGCUUGCUGGACCUUUCAGAGCGGUCAUGUCGUACUACGGCGUCAUCGGGCCGGUCGCUGUCUUCAUGCACACCGGUAUUCGCAUCAUGCUGGAUCAAUUGGUGGAGACCACGGCAAAUGUGUCAAUGGUUCCGUGGACGUGGCCGAUCAACGAGCAGGUCAUUGACAUUUUGCAUAAGGGGACAUAUGCGCUUGUCACUGGCUACAUAUGUGAUAAGAUGGUUAGGGGUGUUGACUGGUUCAAUAGCUGA